AUGUUUUACAGUCACGAAGUCUUGACAAACCGCAAGUAUGGCGUGGCGACAGUGUGGCUUGUUGCGACGCUUGGCUCCAAGUCCAGCUUGAAAAGGAUCACGCGCAAGCAGAUGCUCGAUGUCAAUGUAGCAAAAGCCUGUAAGACCAUCAUCGACCCUGUGGCACCCAUGGCGCUGCGUCUGCAGGGAAGUUUGUUGUACGGAGUAUCUCGUGUGUAUCUGCAGCAGUGCGGUUAUGUUCUUUCAGACGCGCAGACGGCACACAACACCAUGACGCUCAUGCUGCGUACGGUAAAGAACUACGCCCUUGAUCCAGAAGCUGGCAGGGCCAGGCCUGAGCAGCUCGUCCUCCAAGAUGAUCCAUCAUUCCUCCCCGAGUUCGCCUUCCCUCCAGCAGAGCUUCUGGCAGACCUCAAUAUCGGCUUUAACCUCGAAUUCCCACGCUCUGGCGAGUCCCAGUCACUGACGCCGUUUGGCUCCCGGCAGUCCUCGCAAUCUUCACACGUCGCAGGCUUCGGUCUCGUCCUUCCGAGCUCUUCACCGAACCGACCAGGCCAUUACAGACUUGAGAAUGACGACGGCAGGCCGAAUGUUGACGACAUACUGCAGCUUGAUGAGCCAGACUUCACGUUUGGGGAAGAUGGCAACAUAAUUCAGUUCACUCCCAGUCAGCCUGCGCUAGCAACGCCUGCAGUCGCAGGAGCAACCAUGCACAGCGAUGCCGGAGCCAGUGCAAGAGUGAGAUGGGAGCAUGAGGAAGGACAGCAGGCUGGCGAUCAAGUCCUCGUUGGCGACCAAGUGGACGUUGAUUUCCCCAUCUACGGCGAUGACUUGCCAGAUGUCGAAGCCACUUCUUCAGCUGUGGCUCAACAUCAGGAAGUCGUAGAGUCCUCUUCAUCAGUAGCCGCACCCAUGCACCGGAAGAAACGCGCCGCCCCGACCCUGCCACAGGACAGGAGAAUGGAGCUACGCAAUGCGGAAAUCUUGAGCUGGAACUCCAACUACCUCAGCAACAUGAAGGAGGCAGCCCGUUCGAAGGUACAACAUCGCAUUCUCCAACAGGCGAAGAAGAAUGCUGAGCACUACGUCUGGGGUGCAGGCAUCGGUGGUCUUGGGCGGGAUGAGUUCGGUGCUCAAGGCCCUCUGGGUCGCUUUAUGGGAGACAAUCUCUUCGAGCUGUUCACUGGAAUGAGCAGGAACCCAAAGCUCACGCCGAAACGUGACCGCGACAGUGGCAUCGACGAAGCUACACAGCAAGAGGCACAUCGUAAGCGACAGAAGAUCGCUGAACCUGAGGAGAUAGGUCGAGCUCAAGACGACGAAGGCUUCUUUAUGCUCGGUGGUGACGAAGAUGUGGAGCUUCCCCGUGAGGCAGCCUCUGCGCUCGACGACGAGCAGAUUUUCUCUGCGAUGCCGUGGAAUAUCAGCGCCUCCAAGCGUGGCUCCUCUGCUAUUCCGCUCAGCGCACGCGUCACGAUGAUGAGCGAGCAGGGCCGACAGGGCAGCCGUGCCGGCAGCCGCAUGGUGUCUGCAUCUCCACUGCUCCGCCGCAGCACUGGUCAGCCUAGCGAUUUCGAAGCUUUGCAGAGCCUCGACAGUGACGCCCUGGGUGGAGACGACUUUGCAUUCGCAGCUCCAACAUCGGACCCCGCUGAGGUAGAGGGUACCACGCAGCCUUCAGCGCGUGUACGCGAAGCGCUGUCCGCUGAGGGCGAGAAUUUCUUCACAUUCGUCGCUGACGCCAUCACGGAGAAGCGCGACCGUGUGCAUGACGGUAUCGAAACCAUCACAUUCGAGCAGCUACUUCCACCACCAGAGACGGGCAAGAUGAUCGCCUGCCAGGGCUUCCUGAUGCUUUUGUUUCUCGGCACGAAGGGCAUGCUCGACGUCCAGCAGUCCGCCGCAUUCGGAGACAUCACACUGAGCAUCUCCGAGCAGGCGAACACGCUGCAGACCUUUGGAGUUGAGGGUGACGGGCCGGCAGACGAGGUGGUGGAUCAAGAAGGAGGCGCUGGUGAGGACCAGUCCUCCGUGACAGAGGCUGGAGACGGAGAUGCAUUGCCCGAGCCAGACGACAGCCACUUCCAGGAGCAGAUGGCUGGAGGCCACUCUGUUGCCGGCAAUGACCAUGCCCACGAUUCUCUUUACGACGAGCUCUGA